AUGGAGGAGGACAGAUCGCGGCCCCAGACCGGGAGCUCUGACCACGAGAAUGUAGGUGCUCGCGUGGAAAAUGCAAGGGAGGAGGGGCUCGACACUGAUGCCAACUCCUUUGCCCAGGACAACUUCGAGGACGCUGCAAGCAUGGCGCGCUCCCUCUCCGGCGAACGCUCGCUGACUGGUCGGCGCUCGUCGACCGACUCGAAAACCACGCUCGACAAGAGGGACUCGGACGUGCCCGACGUCCCCCCUGUGCCCGCCGUGCCCGCUGCGCACAUUGAGGCCAACGGCCAAGACUCCGCUUCCGACGACAACAAAGUCGAUGACAAAACCAGCGAUAAAGAAGACUAUGCCAGCAUCACAAAGUCCCCGCCCCUCAAGGCCAACAGCGUGCUUUCGAGCGAGUCGAUGGACGAGGUGAACCUCGACGAAGAGGGCAAGAAGUCCGCAAAUCAUUCACGCAACUCGACGCUCGCAGAGCUGCCCUCCAAGCCUAUCGUCGAUCGCGAUUCCAACGGCUCAAUGCAAGGCUUGUCGGGGCAGAUCCCCACCGUCCAAUUCCCUCCACCCCCACCUCCGCCCGAGAAGCAAGAGCUUGCCGCUCCGCCUCCCCCUCCGAAGCGUUCACUCACAAGUCCAUUUGCAUGGCUUUCGAGAGGAAGCAGCGAGAAGAAGUCACCUCCGUCCUCGAAGGAAACAAGCCGAAGAGGAACAAACGCAUCCGUCGCAACAGUGGGCAGUAAUCACGAUGCCAUGGAGAACGGACACGAUGGUAGCAAUGGAAGUGGCAGCGCAAGAUCUAGCCGCCACAGCCUCAAGGACCGCUUCAAGUUCGCUCGCAUGCGCGAAGAGGCCGGCAUUGCUAUUGACGAGGAGGGCGAGGUCGACCUCGUGCCCCCCAAGAAUAGCGUUGCGGCUGGCCGAUCCUUGAGCGUCAGUACCCCGGGCGAGAAGGAAGAAGAGGCUCCACCGAUGACUCGCGUCUCUUCCAGCCCUGGCUCGACCACGCACCAACCGACUGUCAACCCCAACCUUGCACCCGGUACCGCCGCGGGCACAGCCAUCGGCCCAGAAGUUGAAGAUGCACCGCCUGUUGAUUGGGACCUUUGGCAAUCCGUGGUAUACGAGGGUCCUGCCGCUGUGGCCAGAACAAGUGCGGAGGAGCUGAAUCAUGCUAUAACUGUCGGCAUUCCUCAACCAAUCAGAGGCGUCGUCUGGCAGGUACUUGCGCAGAGCAAGAAUGAGGACUUGGAAGUUGUUUAUAAGGAGCUGUGCGCUCGUGGUACGGACAAGGAGAAGGUGCUUUCGAAUGUCCCGCAGCUCCCCCGUAAUGACAGCAGCGAAGAUGUUCACAAGAAAAAGGAAUCCGUCACGUCAUCCGCAUCAUCGCAGCAUUCAGAUUGCUCAACGCCUGCCACAACGGCGACCGGGGGAACCGCGAACGGAACGAACGGCAUGGGUUCACCGACACAGAACGGCACCCACGACCCUCAGGUAUCCGCAAAGAGGCUGGAGGAGAAAAAGAAGAAGCAAAAGGAGGAUGCCGCGGCGUUGCAGAGGCUGGAAAAGCAAAUUAAGCGUGACUUGGGCGCCAGGACCAGUUAUUCGAAGUACCUGAUGGCUGCUGGCCUGCAAGACGGACUUUUCAACCUUUGCAAGGCUUAUGCGCUGUUUGAUGCGGAAGUGGGAUACCCACAGGGCGUCAAUUUCAUUGCGAUGCCCCUUCUUUUUAACAUGCCUGAAGAAGAAGCUUUCUGUUUGCUUGUUCGCCUAAUGAAUAAGUACGGUCUCCGCGAGUUGUUCAUCCACGACAUGCCUGGCCUCCACCUGCACCUGUAUCAGUUUGAGCGUUUGCUCGAGGAUUUCGAACCUGCGCUUUACUGUCAUCUACACCGCCGCGGUGUCUCUCCCCAGCUCUACGCCACUCAGUGGUUCCUUACCCUUUUCGCCUACCGCUUCCCUCUGCAGCUUGUCCUGCGCAUUUACGACCUUAUCUUAAGUGAGGGUUUGGAGAGCGCGAUCAUGAAAUUCGGUAUCGUUCUGAUGCAGAAGAAUGCCGACACUCUUCUGGGAAUGAAAGACAUGUCGCAACUUACCACCUUCCUCAAGGAGCGCUUGUUUGACGUUUACAUCGACAAGGCCCCAACUCAGUCUUCCCUUCUGGAAUCCGGCUUCUUUGGCAGUACCAGUGGCGUGGAUAAGGAAGUUUACAGGGCUGAUAUGAUGGUUCAGGAUGCAUGUUCCGUGAAAAUCACCCCAGAGAUUCUCCAAGCCUACGCCAAUGAGUGGAGGGAAAAGCAGCGCAUUGAGAAGGAACGUGAGGCAGAAGUGGAGGGCCUGAAGGCGACGGUUCACUCAUUGACUGCAAAGGUCCGCACUCUUGAGGAGCGGACGGAGAAAUCCGACACCGAGCAUGUCGCACUGGCUUCCGAGCUCGUUCGCACGAAGGUGGAAAAUGAACGGCUGACAGACGAGAACGAGAGUCUGAAGGGCCAAGUUGAAGAGUUGAGGAAAUUGGUGGAUCUCCAAGGUCAAGAGGUCGAGGAACGUAUGAAUGAGCAGCUUCAUGUCGCUAUGCGCCGGAACAGCGAGGUCCAGACUGCGAACAGGGCGCUUGAAGAGCAAUUGGCAGAGGCGGAGAAGGAGCUUGUCGAGACGAAGCUUCAGUGGGCUCAGAUUAACGCUGAUCACGAAGCACUUCGGCAAAAGUGGAGCAAUGUGCAAAACAUGCUCAACUCGUAA